AUUGCCAAAAAAUCCCUUGAACAGUGGUAAUUUGACUGGGUUUCGGCCUUUCCUGACUUUUUCAAAGCGGUAUCACUGUAGCUAAACUGUUCAUAUUUUUUGGCCCCACCGGCACUCUUGUUCUGAAGCACAACACAGUGUUCAUAGAAUGUUCGCUGAUUGUUUCUAGACUAUUCCUACACCAACUGUUAGCUCUCUGUUUAAGGUUUGUUGCUUUGUCCAUGGUGGGCUGUGGGUUGAUGGGCAUUGGGAUUGCCGGCUGUUGGAUACUUGGCUAAGCGCAUUUUCAGUGCAGUGGUCUGGAAAAUGGAAAUGGUGAUGAGACACGAGGUUAUGGGAAAGAAAGGAGAGAUGGGGAGGUCAGCGGAGUCUAGUGCUCUGUUUUCUCUAUUGGUCUCGAACUGCAAAACAACUUGCCGGUGUAAAGAGAAGUCCACCAAGACACUUAUAAGUUAUAACCACCAUCAUCCAUGGUAAUUCCUCUCGAAACAUCCUACUCUGCUGCAGCAGAUUGCACGAUUUCUCAGUUUUGCCUCGGAUCCCGCUGUUCUCUUUGAACCUGAAGAGACAAAUUACUGAUAAAAGGGUGGAAGAAAGAGAAAGAAAGUAUAGUGAGAUACAGAUAAGCUAAAUGGCAAUUUUUGUGGAAGGAAUCACCCUUGAUAAUCCUUCAAAGUUCUCUUUAGACUUUUUCCUCUGGCAAGAAGCUUGCAGCCAUCAGUGUUGACGGAAGCAUUAAGAUACAACUUCACGUGACUCGUGUGGUUAUAUUAUAUAGAGCAUUAUUGAGCAAUAUGGUAAGGAAUGACCUCAAAUUUGUCAUCAAUUCUAUAUCAUUUUUUCAAUUUCAAUUUCAUUAUUAUGUAAUUUGUCAUUGAGAAAAGAUGAAAUUGAAAUUAACUUAUAGGAUUAGGGCUUUAAGACUGAUAACUAAUAUUUGAGGAUGAUUUGGCAGGUUUGGAUUUGUUGUAUCUCCUUUACAAGUGUUCUACUUCAAAGAUUGUUGCUUUCCAAGCUCAUCAUAAGUAUGGUCAAUGAAAUGCUGCACUUUGUCUUCUGACGUUUAAGUUGCCCCUUCUUUCUCUAGUUUAUAUAUUUAUUUUCAAUGUUUUCUCAGUUUAGUCUGAUUUGUUUAAUGCUUUAAAUAAUAGGGACAACCAUUUGAGAUUGAUUUUCAAGGGCACUUACAUGUACCUUGUAGAUGGUACUGAUUACAUCAACUGUUUUUGGCUUUUAGAGACUAUAGAUAAUUGAUUCUGCUAAUGCUGAGGAAUAUUUUUUUCUAUCAUCCCUUGAACCUGACAGUAGUUUUGUUUCUGAUGGGGUUGACUGUGAAAUUGACCACUCAACACCGUUUUUUAUGUUUUACUUAGAAUCUAAUUUUUUCCUUCAAUGUGUAAAAUGGUGAUACAUUAAUCAAGACUCUUGACCUAUUGAUUUUGUAGGGAGAUAAUCAUCAAUCAAGGGGAGAUAAAGCUAUGAAAAGACAACAAAAGUAAACCUUUGUUUGCUAAAAGUCUGGACUGCCAGUGAGAAGAAAAUAGGUGGAGUUCAGUGGUGGCAGGGAGUGCUCUAGCAUCCAACUUCAGGGUGAUGAAGAGAUGGAGCUUUGGACUAUGGCUGGAGUCCUUCAUUCAAUCAAUGAUUUAUAAUGAAGGGUGUUUAUAUGCUUAAGUGAUAUCAAUUCUUAAACUGCACCUUAUAAAUCUACACAACUUGAAGUGGAUCACUAGGUGGUAACAGCAUAUAACUGUUAUGAUAGGUGAGUUGCAUUUUCUGUUUGUUCAUUACUGUCACAUGGUAGUUUGGACUACCUUCCACAUGAUUGCUCUUAUGUUGUGCUUAAAUCUCUUACCUUAUUAUUUCUUAAAGUAUAAUUUCCACUUUCUUUGGUUACCGCUUCUUAAUAACAUUGCCUGUACGUGCUGACUUCUUCACUGGGUUAGAAAUAUGCUGCUCAUAGAUAUUAAUUUUUCACUGUUAUUUUUUUUAAUGUGUUUCUUUAACCAAUAUGUAUUAGUCUAGCUGAUAUCAGUGCUAAGGAAACGUUUAACACUUUUAAAGUAUGCAAAUUGUGCCGGAAAUAUCCAAAACAAACCUGUUUUAAGUAGAUAUUAACAACUCCUCUCCCAUUUUUCCUCUUCUUUUUCCUUUUUACAGUUACAUAUAGGCUAUAUUUUUCCUAUUUCUAAGACUUAAUUUUCUAUAUUUAUAGGUUAACCAUGGUCCUAUUGCCAAUAAGAUGCUAAAGAAGCAUCAACAACUAGAGCAUUUGCAGGCAGAACUUUGUGCCCAUGGGGGGUCCAAUGAAGUGCAAGUAUCCAACUUCUUUAAAUUAUCAAAUAAACUUAAUAUUUCAUUUAAAAUUUUAUUGUUAUAAUUUUUAUUUUUUGCAUUCAUUACUUAACAUUCAGGGGCAUUCAUUAUUGUUAUAAGUCUUGACUCUUGAGGUUUUUUAGGGGAAUACUUUGUCAUAUUUAUAAGUUUCUAAGGUAAUUGUGUAGGUCAAGGAAAAAUGGGACUCCUAAUGGUCAUGAAGAAUGGGAUAGAUUUGUUUGAAUGGGAGUGCUAAUGUAAGCAAAAUAAUCACAUUGAAAUAUUAAAUAUAAGUUUCUAAAAACGUAAUUGUGUAGGUACAUUAACUGUUAUUGCUCAAUUCUUUAUAUGGCCUUUUGGAGUUUGUUAGCUAUGUAGUGAUUCAGAGUUUUUCAUUUUGAUUCUUGAUGUUGCAUUUGGCGAUCUGGGAAAACAGUUCAUUGUCUUUUCUGUAAGCUGUCUCUCACCUGUGCCAUGAAUGGCUUCCUGACUCCACGAGUUCUAUUUGUCUUUCUUUUUCUUUUUUUUUGGGUUAAAUUAAGGUUUUUCAUAACUGUUUUAGUUCUUGCCUUUUUUGUUUCCUUCGUAAAUUUUUUUUCCCCAUUUUCCAGAGGGUAGGAUCAUGGGAAACUGAACUCUUUUCUUCUUUCUUCUAACUUCACUUCAAGGUUUGUAUUGCUUCUAUGAUUUUAUUGUUUACCACUGUUGGAAUGAAGACCUAAUGGGGUAAGUUGAUGCCAACUCUCAUUGAAGGUGGAGAUAAUGAAAUCCCAUUGCAGGUCAAACCCCAAGGUCAAAUUGAAUGGAGUUGAAGGAAAAUGCAAGCAGAGACUGUAUUUGCUUUGAUCAGAAAUGAUCCCAACUUGCUGGAGCCAAAAAAGUUCUACUGAAUGGUUUCUUUCCGUCCUCUCAUUGAUUUUAUUACCUCUUCAAUUGAUUAUUAUAUCUAAUAUUAACUUGCAGAAUCAUUUUACAAAGGAAAAUAAGACAGCAAUAGAUAUGAAAUACAUUUGGUAGGUUCUGUUAUUAUUUUCGACACUUUGCCUUCUACAUUCUGCUUGA